AUGUACGACAUGUUCCAGUCACAACAACUUAAAACCAAGCUGGACGACUUUUGUGCCAAAUCAGCAAUCGAAUGGCACCUGAUCCCACCUUCCGCCCCACACUUUGGAGGUUUGUGGGAGGCCGGCGUACGCUCUGCCAAAUACCACUUGAAGCGCAUCACUGGAACCGCCAACAUGAACUUCGAGGAAUACACCACCGUCCUCGCCCGCAUAGAAGCCCUGCUGAAUUCGCGGCCAAUAACCGCACUAUCUGAAGAUCCCAGUGACAUCAGCCCGGUAACUCCUGGCCACUUCCUGGUGAGUCGUCCGUUGACCGACAUUGCUGAACCCGACCAAACGGAGCGCAAAGAGACUACGCUUUCCCGCUGGCAACGACAGUCCCAAAUGGUGCAACAUUUCUGGGCCCGAUGGUCGAAUGAUUACAUUACGACAAUGCAGAACCGCAACAAAUGGCACAAACCGUUCCCUGUGAAGCCUGGACAGUUGGUGAUCAUCCGAGAAGACAACCAGCCACCGAUGAACUGGAAACUGGGGAGGAUCGAACAAGUGUUCCCUGGACUGGACGGACUGGUACGAGUGGCCGAUGUACGAUCUGGUGGCAAACUAGUUCGAAGACCAAUUGCAAAGCUGUGCCUACUGCCGGUGGACGACAACGUAGUGCAGCCUGACGACGACCUCCACGAAGACGAGAACGACAGCGAAUGA